GGCCAAUACCCCCCUCGUGGGUACGUGCCAAAAUUUGAAGGAAGAAGAACAAGAACGCGAUUCUGCAUUGCUGCGCUGGGCGCUGGAGUUUUGCAUGAAAGAAGCGAAAACCUAAUAAGGGUUCGGCAUCUACUGUUACUCUGUGAUGUCGUCCUCUGGACUCAUGCUCAGCACGACGUUUGCCGUAGUCGCUGAAGAAUGAGUGUAGGCUUUUCAUCCAAGCCCAACUCCUGCAUGCAUGCAACUACCCUGCUUCUUGCGGCCUUUUUCUGCUCUACAGUACAAAGUUUCAAGCCAGAUCCUGGUCACUUCAACACACCGCAUGAAGCCAUCGAGUAUGUCGCAUGGAAAGCUUUAAAGGAAGGCAAGCCUUCAUGUGUUACAGUUCAUCCCUUAGGAGUCAGCCUAUUCUGCAUCAUGGGGGAGUGUAUCCAGGAUGGGAAUGGAAGCUCUUACUGCAAAUGCAGCGAAUACUUUACAGGCCUCACAUGUUCAGUCUACAAGGGCAAGUGCACAUCAGAAAGCAUCUGUAGUCCUCACUUGUGCCAGGACAACCCCAACAAAAUUAGCUUGUACGAGUGUGUGUGCAAGCCCGGCUACUAUGUUCCCGACAGCCCAGCAUUUUCUCACUGCAUGCCAGACAGUAUUCUCAGCAGCGCUAUGGGGGAGAAAUACAGUGAAAGCUCAACCAAUGCAACCACACUGCCAUCCACAGUGGCUCCCGAUGAACAGCUUGCAGAAACAAGCAUGCUUUUGAACAUCUCUGAGGACAACACCAGAAUUUCUGCAAACCCCGUUACAACAGAAAGCAAUGCCUCUCAACCAGCAUUGAAGUGCAGAAGCUCAGGAUUUAACAUGCACUUUAUUCAGCGAGACGAAGAAAACAAGACAGCAGAUGUUUUCACAAGAGCAUUCCAAAAUGAUAUUGGGCAAGAUGAGCCAUCUGAAACCACAAGAGCUGCAGAGACCAACAGCCAUAGUACAGUCCUUAAAAAUCAGCAUUACCCUGCAGCUUACAGUAUUGAUGAUCGAGACAAAACCAAGGAAGAAACAGAAAAGAAUGCAACAAAAUCUCAUGUGGGUCUCGGCAGUGUACCUGUUACAGUAGCAUUAUCAGACUACUAUGGAUCACUAGUGUCUGAACCUCGGCAGCACAGCAAACGAGGAGUGAAGCUGCAAGUACCUGUUAUACAGAGAAGGUAUGCUUCAACUUUCCAGAGGGAACAAGAUGGGACAUUUGAAACUCAACUAACUUUAGAUGACCUGACAAUUUAUAAAGCUGACAGUGAACAAGGAGGUGUUGACAAGUAUCACAUGCCUAUCAGCAGCCAUCCAGGUGACCAAGUAACAGAGCUUGAACACAUAAUGAGCAGUACUGCAGUUCCUCUGCAGCCUCUUCAGAAGGAAUCUUCGAAUGAAGAUAAUGAAGACAAUGAAGUCACUCAGUUCAAGAAAAGGCUUCUGAAGAUGGCAGCUGCCAAGCUUUUUAGAAAUGAAGGGUAUAGUGACAAUUUAUUGCACAGACCUGCUGCCUAUUUAGCUGCCAGUGAAACAAAAAGAAAGCAAGCUAGAAAGAGUUACACGAGACAUAAACAACUACCUGUUGAAGCCCAGGAUGACAUUAUUGAUAGCUUGAAGCAUGCAGUGGAGGUUGAUGAGUACAGAAAGACAAACAGUACCAGUAAACCUGGUCACGACAGUGAAAUGACAGAAAGAACUAUCAUGGUGCCUGAGAGGAGAAAACGCAGAAAGUCAAGUCUUCUGCAAGAAAACGGUGCUGUAGAUAAAGCCAGCACAGUACAGAAACAACUGGCUGUAAGUUCAGUAAUAGCUUCUGAGAAGAGAAAGGAGAUGUCUAGGAUAAUGCAACAGCACAAAUCAUUUGGGUCUGUCGGACAUUUUUCUGAGAAGAAUCAACUGCAAGAAGCCAUGAGACCUGGUGAAAACCAUGAAAGAAAAAUUACCAACUUGCAGCAAUACGAGCUAAUGCCUGUUGGGUCAGUCAGACAAAAUUUUUCUGCGGGUAAUCACCUGCAAGAAGCCACAUACAGACCAGGUAAAAACUAUGAAAUAAAAAUUGGGAACUUGCAGAAAUACAAUGUAAUGCCUGUCAUGAACUGGAAAGAAAACACACUCUCACAGAACAGAGAUGGAAUGACCCAUAUGAUAAGUGAUGCAAUAAGCUGGAAGAACGAAAAGCUUGGGGUUCAUUCCAUUUUACCUGAUGCUGCCACCAAGUGGGUGCAUAAAUUUCAAGAGCCAGAAGUUCAACAUCAAGUUACAAGCACUACAAAAGAUCAGCUGUCAACAUGCUGCAAUAAUUCAUCAAUGCUUACAUCAGAUUCAAGGUCCAAAACUUCUCUUGCAAUGAAACAAUCCUUUUUGGACAAAAGUAUUCACUGGAAUAUUUCGAAAUUUAUUAAGAACCAGACAGAGCUCAGCCAUAAGUCGCACUUGUUACGUGUACAAGAUAACGUUAUGGUUAAAGACGCCAAAACAAAUGACAAAGUCACUCCACAGCAUCAAAAAACAAAAGGUCAUCAUUUUACAGGCAAAAAUCCAAUGCUGUUCUUCAAUGUAACAGUUUUAAAUGAUGGUGGCAAGAACAAAUCAUCUGCGUCGUACCUUGUUCCUUUUGCCGGAAGCGAAGCCAUUAUGAUAUCAUGGGGCAUAUACAAUGACAGCUCCUCAUGACAAAUACCAGUUUGUUUCUACUGGCAAAGCUUUAUGUGUACCACAAAAACAACUAGACGGAGCACCAUACCCAUUGGCCUGGUGUUUUUACUAGUAUGGACUAGCAAGUGGACCUCUGCGGCCAAGCAGUGACUUGUAAUGGAAAUUAUUGCAUGCGGUGCCACUUACAGACAUGAUAUCCGAACAUUGUUGGUAGAGCUUAUUUUGCAGUGCUUUUUUCUGGCUCCAACUACUUGAAAAGCAUAUCACCAUUAAGAUUGAGCAGCAAGUGUACUAACUGAGUCCUUAUAAACUGUUCGGGCUUGCCGCAGUGGGUGAUUGUCUGAAAAGUGUAGUCUGAACAGAUGCACUGACUGUUGAAACAGAGCCUCUCAUAAAUUAGCAUUAUUUGCUGUGCCUUAAAUUGAUUUGGUUAUCUGCAUUCUGGAUAAAUGUGUGUUCUUGAAGCAAUGCAGGAAUUUAACUGCA